AGAAAGCAGUUUUGAUAAUCUAAUUUCACCACAUUUGUAUUCUGGCUUCUUGCAUAUUUCUAUCUCUAAUCGUUUUGUAGUGGGUAUGCAGUACAAUAUGCAUGUCCUUUGUAGUUGUAUUCGAAAGUUAUUAAAUCAGCUAAUGUAGCAAACAUUAAAUUCUAAAAGUGAUAAAUACAAGUGAUUAAGAAGUUUACAUAUAAAAUAAACUCAUGGAUUGGAUGCCUCAUAAUCAUUCCCGUUCGCUUUCCACUCGUCUUGAUCUAGCCAGAGCAACUCAUGCAAACGAAUUUGUUCCUAGGGUAAUUAAUUCUAGUGCUUCGGCCUCUCCAAAUUUUUUAACUUCAUAUUCUGUACCUAAUUCUACUACAGCACAUCCAUUGACAAAAAAGUUAGACGAAGGAGAUAUUUCAAGCCAUGCCACUCCAGAAUCUGCAUCUCCACCUCUUACAAACAAUUCUCCUACAUUACAUGAAAAGUUAGGAAAUAGUUCAGCGUUACCUGCAUAUCAAGAAAAUGUUGGCGGAACAACAUAUUUUUAUCAAUAUCAAACAGCUGCUGAGAAUUGCCAACCACAACUUGCUGAUAACUCAGUAAAUAGUGGCAUAACUGCAGAUUAUAAUGUUUAUACAGGAAAGCAAGAGCCUUCGUUUUUUAUGUCGGAAGAUAUUCGAAGUGAUAUACUGAAUAGAAAUGUUCUGUCUCUAUUGCAACCGGACCCACAGCAGUAUCCUGAUCUUCCUCAAGAAGUGGAUAGCUACCACGAGUUGUUUCCCUUAGAACCAAUAUCCCAUAAUAAUUUGCACAAAGCCCAUAUGGGCUAUCAGGCGUCAAUGUACAAAGCAACACAUGUAAAAACUGGUACACAUUACUGUUUAAGGAGGAUACAUGGUUUUAGGUUGUCUAAUACUAAAUGCAUGGCUUUUGUGGAAUUGUGGAAAAAAUUAAAUCAUUCCAAUAUUGUACAGUUAAAAGAAGUUUUUACCACGAAAGCAUUUGGUGACAAUUCAAUGAUAUUUGUUUAUGAUUACCAUCCAGGUUCGGAAACUUUACUAAACAAACAUUUCUCUCCCGAUCAAACUGGUUAUUGUGACCCUUUUUUGAAUGAUACGACUACACCCAGGCCUUACAGCUAUCAAAAAAAUAAUUUAUUAAGACAUACACAAAAUAACAAGCUUCCAGAAUCUCUUAUUUGGAAUUAUAUAAUUCAGUUAACAUCAGCUCUAAGAAUAAUUCAUUCAUCAGCUUUAGCAUGUAGAAGUCUGGAUCCAACUAAGAUAAUCAUAAAUUCACAAAACAGAUUAAGAUUAAGUUGCCUUGGAAUUAUGGAUGUUGUCCUUCAGGAAACUAAUUCAACAAUUAGCCAUGUGGCUCUGAUUCAACAUUAUCAACAAGAAGACUUGUCCGCACUUGGGAAAUUGGUUUUGGCACUGGCCUGUAAAUCUACAAUGGCAGUACAACGUGAUAACAUAUCUACAGCGUUGGAUAUCGUGAGUCGUUCCUAUACGUCAGAUCUUCGGAACCUUAUAAUGUACCUCCUAAGUACUCAACAGAGGAGAAGUGUAACUGACCUUAUGCCAAUGAUCGGUGCUCGGUUUUAUACCCAAUUGGAUAACCUUCACAAUCAGAUUGAAACCCUUGAUAAUGAAUUAUCGAAAGAAGUACAAAAUGGGCGUCUUUUCAGGCUCAUGGCCAAAUUAGCUACGAUUAACGAAAGACCUGACUUCAAUAUGGAAAGUACUUGGGCAGAGACAGGAGAUAGAUACAUGCUGAAAUUAUUUAGAGAUUAUGUUUUUCAUCAAGUAACGGAAGAAGGUAACCCUUGGUUGGACAUGGCACAUAUUAUACAGUGUCUUAAUAAAUUGGAUGUAGGGGUUCCAGAAAAAAUAUGUUUGAUGUCCAGAGAUGAACAAAGUAUUUUAGUGGUUUCCUAUGCAGAACUGAAGCAUUGCCUUGAACAGUCGUUCAGUGAACUUGCCAGUACCUCAGUAAUUCAUCAUGAUCUAUCAGAUGUGGGUGUUGGUGUCGAUGAUAAGUUGUAAUUGUCUGUGUUAUAUUUUACAUACUACAAUUAUAGUGUUGUGAAAUGGACCUGUGGUUUAACAAUAGUGAUUAGUCACCAAAAAUAUUGUUUUCAAUAAUAUUUAAAUAACCUUGUUAACAUCAAAUUUGUAUUUAAUUGCUGUCGCUAAUAGCGCAAAGAAUAUUAUUGAAAACAUUUUCCAAUUUUUAAUUAUGGAUAGAUAUUUUUUGCAUAAGUUAUAUUUUUCUUUACAAAAUUGUAUGAAAUACAAAUUAAUAAAAUUUUCAAAGUAUUUUAUUAGUAGUUUCACCCAUCUCACGUUUCUCAUUUACAGCCAUAGACAAAAUAGUAGUACAAAAAACUAUAGAGGCAAGCCGGUGAAGCCAACCGUCAGUUCAGCCAGCCUCACGCUCUGUCGCUGUUAGACAUUCACUGUGUUAACAUUGUUAAUAUUUUAUUAAAUAUAUUGUUUUUAUUUGUGCAAUCAUGGGGCAGUGUAUCUUUGACAAUUGUAAUAGCAGAUCUGAUCACAAUAGUGUUGAAAUUUCAUUCUUUAGGUAAGUAAUAUAAAAAUAUUUUAUGCCAUUUUGACGGCUUCGCGCAGCAUCCUCCGUCUCACAUACACUUAUUCCAGUGUUGGCUUCAUGUUUUUUAGUGCCACAUUAUUAACUGAUGUAAAUAUGUAUACAGGCUCAUAUUA